UCGCCUGAUGUCAUUUGGUGGUAGACAAGGAGGCUGAGCUAACGGUGGGCGCACGGCACAAAAGCAUAACAAUAACGUUUCAGUUUUACCGUACUCAGUGGGAUUUGUAUGGUCGCUCUCGGGUUAAAGUACGCAGGGUGACUAUCUUCUCACCGUGCUCCGUUGAAGAGUAGGAGGAGGAGGAGGUGGAGGAGGAUGAGGUGAAGCUAACGGAUUCAAAGUACCAGAUGCUAUUCCAGCGGAGAAGGGAGACGGAUAAAGCACGGGACGGGGAUGGGUGCUCUUUUUCCUGACUGGUGACUGAAAACACGGAUAACACUUUGUCGGGUGGACUCGUUAACCUUUUCUGCACCUCCCCUUCAGUUGCGUUUUGUCUGAAAUGGUAGCGCUGCCGUGGUCUCGGCCGUCGAGCAGCUUCUGGGCCGCAGCUCGGCUCGCCGAGUCCGAAUCUGGGAAGUAGCUAGCUAGCUACCCGCUAGCCGCAGCUGUACCCGAUGCUGCUGCCUGUCGCUGCGGCUGUUGCUGCUGCUAUACGGAUCCCACAGACAACACGCGCGGUUCAGGAACUAAGUGAGCGUUUGUUUUACCUUCCUGGACUACAGUGGGUGUUUGAGAUGUGAUGCUUUUGUGCCUUGCAUUUGAGCCUUUCGUAGGUGGAGGCUCUCACUUGCUCGAUACGAAGGAGCUAACGUUGCUGCAAAAUGCACAGCGGAACCACAACAGCAGGCUUCUGUUGACGGGGGCGAGGUUAGACAGAUAACAGCCUACCCUGUGUCUCCCAACUCUCGGGGUCACGUUUGAACAUCGACUGCCACAUCACCCCCUCCACAUCUUUCACCGCUUUAUCAGCAGGCGAUAUGGAUAAACUAACAAUAAUUUCAGGGUGCCUGUUUCUGGCAGCAGAUAUCUUUGCAAUAGCCAGCAUUGCAAACCCAGACUGGAUCAACACGGGUGAAUCAGCAGGUGCCCUUACAGUCGGUCUAGUUCGGCAAUGUCAGACCAUCCACGGACGAGACAGGACCUGUAUUCCACCACGGCUGCCCCCAGAGUGGGUCACUACACUUUUCUUCAUCAUCAUGGGCAUCAUCUCCCUCACAGUCACCUGUGGACUGCUGGUGGCAUCACACUGGCGCAGAGAGGCGACCAAAUACGCCCGCUGGAUUGCCUUUACUGGCAUGAUCCUCUUCUGUAUGGCAGCGCUCAUCUUCCCUAUAGGCUUUUAUAUCAACGAGGUGGGAGGCCAACCGUACAAGCUGCCCAACAACACGGUGGUUGGCUCUUCGUAUGUUCUUUUUGUGCUCUCCAUCUUCUUCACCAUAGUGGGACUGCUGUUUGCAGGCAAAGUGUGCCUCCCAGGCUGAGGACUUGACUGUGCUUGCCUCCGGACUGACACGAGAGGCUCUGAAAAUUUCAUGGGAUUUACAGAAACACACAAAGACUGAAAAUGAAAGACAAUGAACUUUUGAGAGCCUGAAACGGCACCAUGGAGUAUCUAACUACCAAAAGAUGAAAACAAAUAAAUGAACAAAACAUUAGGGGAGGGGGGGGCAUGGGCAUGGGCGCAAUGAGGUAGAGAGUGAAGUAUAAGAGAGGGCAGCUGAGGCUGUCAAAGCACCCUGUCACUUUUGAUUUAAAAUAUGGCUGUCUCUCUCUCUCUCUCUCUGUUCCUGUUCUUUUCGAAAGGGUGCUUACUGUGCCGUUGUCAUGGCGACCGUGGCCACAGUGCUGGCACACAUUUCUUGAGGACCACUACAGCCACUCUUUCUGAUUCCCUGCUGCCCGCUCCGCUGCCCUCAGCACACAUUUGCACCGUCACGGCCGCUCUUGUUGCUAUUUUUGGCUCCUCUUGGCUAUUUCAGUUGUGUGUUUUUCUGUUGUUGUACAUUUCGGGUUCUUUUUUUUCUUUUUUUUCUCUUUUUUCUUUUCCUUUCCACCCCUUGCCACCUUUCCACUGAAGUAGUGUGAGUGUAAUUGAGGUUCACUGAACUAAACCCUAUUGAGGGAUAUUUGGUGGGGCAGGGUAUAUUCUUGCUCAGCUGUGUGGUUGGAGAGAGCAGCUGUAAUCCUAGGUGUCCGGGGCCGACACACGAGCGGCCGUGGACAAGAGGUCAGUGCAGGUGUGCCGCCUCUUUGUCUUCACCCACCUCCAGCUCUGGAGCAGGUGGCGGUGAGGGAUGACCACAUGGGCAACAGAGCAGAUCAAGUACCAUUAAGGAGAAUGCCACUCAAUCUAAGACCUUGCAUAAUGUUAUUUAUAUAGACAGCAAUAAUGUAUCAAAGACAGCUAAACCCACAAUACUGAUGCACAUGUUUUUGCCAGUAACUAGAUGACUGUGAAUUUAGAGAAUAAUCAUAAACCCAAACAUAAACACAACUCUUGUAUUCGUACAGCUCAGUGACCUGCAAAGUAUUUUUCAAAGAUGUACAUACAUCUCUGUGGUGUUGCAUUAAGCUGAACUCAUACAUUACUACACACAGUAUUACUUUUGUUACAUAGAAGAUUAAGUUCUGAUCAGUGUAAAAAAAAAAAAAAACAUGUAAAUGCUCAGAGUUGGUGGAAUUCUCCUUUAAUGUAUGACGGCAAAGAACCGAGCCAGGAGUAUCUUUGUGUUUGUCUUCUUUUUUUUUUUUUUUUGAAGACGGUGAAGUCACUGGGACUGCAGGUCAGGUCCAUGUGAGGGGCUGGGCCUCUGUGUGCUGAUCAUGAGGCCCGUGAAUUUAACACACACACACACAAAUACCACACAUUUAUAUGCUUUAGGCUUUAUUAAUAGUCUAAUAAUACAAAAGUAUAAAGUUCCUACAACUCAAAUUGAUUUGACCAGAUAUAAGCUGUCUUAUCCAAAUAUCUGCUGUACUCGUGGUCACAUUUGACAAAGUUGUUUGCAGUUGUCUCGAAGCAAUUCGUGUUUCUCACCAGACGUCGCGAGGCCUCCCUGAUUCUGAGGAUUCCGGGUCAGCAGUUCUGGGGUUGCAAGGCUGGUGUUCGGAGGAGUGAGUGGAGAUGUUAGACCAUCACAAUGAGGUAAAAAUACUGCAUAGUUGUGCUGUAAUGUGUCCAUAAAAUGAUUGAUUUAAUAUCUUCGGAUGUUGGAACAAAAGUGUGAAAUCCAGUAGUAUUCAGUUUGGUGUUAUGUACAACAGAGACAGAAAAGUAUUAAAUCAGUGAUCAACAGAUUAUCAAAAUAGUCGCCACACAUUAAUAUUAUAUAAAUCUCAUUAAGUAUUGAGACAGUACACAUUUACACACUACUGGUGUGUGUGUGUGUGUGUUUUGAAUCAGUCUCUGAGUUCAGUUGCAAAGUCUUUUUUGGUGUUUCUGUUUCCUGCUCGGCUUUUCUUCCUCUCGGUCUGACGAUGUAUUCUGACGAGCUGUACACUCUGCAGCGCCCUGUCUCUGGGUGGUUCAGUAUUGUGCCAUGACAUGUUUUUUUGUUUAAUAAUGUACAGACACAAAAGGCAGAGUUUCUGUAUUAGAAAGCACUGUGCAUUACGCAGUAUAGGUAACAGAAGUAGAAGCACCACAAAUGUAUAAAAAAAGGAGAACUUCUUACCUCAUUGUUUUUUUUGUUUCUGCUAUUAUUUUCUAAUGGUGGCAGUGUGUGCCCUCCAGUUUGUCUCUUACCUUGAUCGGAUGUCUACACAUAAAGCCUAUGAUCAUAGGAAAUUAUUUAUCACUGAAUAAAAAGAGAUAAAAAUGGGUGUGAGUGACUUGAA